AUGGACGAAACCGCAUGGACACGUUAUAGGGUAUGCUACGAUGCAACAAUCAAGAAGCAGAAGGCUGAUGCGAUCCAGGGCAACGCGGAUGACCCUGACGAUACGACAGCAGCACACCCGGUUGCAGCGGGGAGUCCCGCGGGCAUACGAUCCGAGUCACAUACUGCAGGUUUCAAGUUUGCCAACGCCACGUACAACGAUUCCGCAUGGUGCCAUCCCGAUAUAUCAGCCCCUCCAGCCACUCACCACCAACAAGACAUCGUCAAAGCUCUCUUCGCCGACACCAUCUUCAACGCAAAACCACCACCUCGGCGCCGUCAACAGCAUAAACUGGGCCCGCAACCUCACCCAAACACUCUACUACUUCCUCUACUACUUUGCCAUCCGUCGCACCCUCUUACCGACGCCGAGCUCCAAUUCAUCGUCCCAACCUGUAACUUCGGCGACAUCUUAGCAGGCUAUUACGUUAAGCGCGUGAGCCUGCCAAUGGCUAAACUCGUUGUCGCUACAAACGCCAAUGAUAUCCUCACCCGCGUCUGGAAGACGGGACGAUAUGAAAAAGUCGACUCGAAUUCCUCGUCACCUGUGGUCAGGGGUGUGGUAGAGACUCUCUUGCCUGCCAUGGAUAUCCUCGUGUGGGGCAAUUUUGAGCGCUUCAAACUUGUUAUGCCGGCGAGGAAAGAUUUUACGGCUGAGGGAGCCGAUGAUGAACAGAUCCGCCGAACGGUCCGGGAGUACCACACCUCUGCGCAAUCCUACAACAAAGACCCACACAUCGCAGUAGGGCUGCAUAUCUCAUGGAAUGGUUUGCGGUAA